CUAAUUGGGUGAUACUAAAACAAUUAGACCCUUCGCCCUCAAGGACCACGGGUCUAAUUGUUAAAUAGGCAUUUCACAGAAUUGAACGCUGAAUCCGGUCAUUUCACAGCCCAUCUCAAUCUAAUCACAUGACAAAAUCUAGUUGUUAUAACAAACGCUAAGGAUUCUUAGAGUAUUUCCUAUCAGAUUUCGCCACACAUUUCAAACUUGAUCAGUUUCCAUCGGGCGUACUAUAAAUGUUUCCGCGCUCUCGUACGACGUUUUACUUAGCCCACGCCACACGUUAGAUUUAGACCUGGCAACCGACUUCUCAUCCAGCUAUCUGCUUAUUUUUCGGCAUGACCUUCCGAUUCAUUUCAAUCUUGCCUAAUUUUGACGACUCAUCUUCUUCGAAGAUAUUCUUGGCUUUCAGCUGUGUUUUGCUUUCGCAGUAAGUGACGUAACGUAGUGUUAUGUUAUGUAACGUAACGACCGUUAGUCUGUCUAUAGAGCCUCUAAAAACCGCAGGAUGUUUGAAAAAGCCCGAACGCAAGGGGAAAGACUGAAAUAGUUUCAUCGUUUUUCGCCCGCUCUCGUGCGCUUGCGUCGCUCGCGUUCUCAAAGAAAAACAACUCGUAGCAAAAAUAUAAACUUCUGUGGAAAGACUAAACGACGGGAAGUGGAUCUGUUUUAUAUUAUUAUCAUUUUCUUGUAUAUAUGUAACUUAUAAUCCUGGUAUAACUAAUGUAAAUAAAAUAAAAAAAAAAAAGAUGUUUCAUCAAACUAGUGAACGUCAGCCUGCGAACAGGCUCCCGGCGAGGGCGGAAAAAAUUCGGCGAGAAAAUUCGGAGAGAGAAGCGAUCGGAGCAGGACGUUUAUAUUGUUUGUCCUUCGUUCGGGCUCGCCGGGAGCCUUUUCGCAGGCUAAGUGGACAUUUGCAAUUUGAAUAGAUAACGUAAUGAAAUAUAAUCUUUUCCAUUUAAUUCUGACGCGUUGUCAUUAGUUUUAACAGCUUUAUGACAUCUGCUGGUUUUCCGGAAUCUUCUGAGCUCUAUAAAUAGCAAAUUGCGGUAAGUGCUUUUCUCUGCUCACGUCCGCGGAAUAGGUUGAAGCACGUUCAAAUUUAAGCUCGGACGGAAGCCGUUGAAACUUUUUUCUCUUUUUCAUUUAUUUUACGUGUGAAAAGAGUUUCAUUUUUCAUGCAUCAUCAUGGUUGUAAUAGUUAGCUUCUAAUUAACUUCUCGUAUUUAUCGACUGAGGACAUUGCACUAGGAUUCCAAACCAAAAUAUGUCUUAGAAUAUUUGUCUUUAUUUAAAAUUUUCAGUUCAAUAAAACGUGCUUAUAGAGGCAGGUGCCAAGUAUGACAGAUGUUUCAAGUUGAACAUCACGGAAGAAUUGCAACAGAGCCCCGACCUCCUGGCCCCGACUUACGGGAGCUCCAUUAAAACGACCGCUUUGUCAUUACGGCCAAUAUAUACCUUUAGGUCCAUAUGAUAUCCAUUACAGUUCCAUUAAUCUGAUGUGCAGGUUGAUGUGACCAGCGACGACUCUUAGAAGGCCUAAACAUUGUUUUCUUUUUAAAUUUACUUGAUAAGAAUAUAUCUAGAACGACGGCCUGGCGAGAAAAAGACAUAAGGAAAUAGAGAUCAUUUAGUUACUGCAAAAUGUGUCAGUUGCGCUCGCUGUACAGCGAACAGAAGCCGAUGGAUAUUUGGAAUUAGAUUUUCAACAUAUAUGCAAUAAGCACUCCCUAUUCCCCCACCGGAACUCCCGAAAACAAUACCCCCCCUAAUAAAAAACCUCAAAAUAUUUUUCCUUCUCCCAGUUUUUAUGACAACGGCUAUGAACUUAUAUUAAGAUUCAGCUCUGAAAGUAGAUGAUAUCUUCCGAUUCUAAUAUAGAUAAUAAACGCUCCCCUCUACGGUAGAACUUGUUUUGCAUUUUAUGUUGUCCGUUCAGAGUGAUAUCAGAGCUGUUUUGUUCGGUUCAUUAGCGCCUUCUUUAUGCAGUACAGCACUGAAACUCGUUUUGUAAAACAGUGUGAAAGGCGAUAUAAUAGUUCCUUCACCGUUUGAUGCUAAGAAUUUACUAUUUUCCCGUGGGGUUAUACGUUGCCUCCCGGCCGGAUAUGAAGCUUUGCUUAAGUGACAACACCUUGUUCAGUCAGACUUCGAAUAUUGAUUUAACAUGUAUUUCCUUUGCGUUGCAUGUUUUCCUAAAGGCAGGUGAUAAAAGUCCUUUUGCAAACAUCCGACAUUGCAAAAUAGAAAUUUCUCUCGAAAUAUUCAGAACGGCUUGGGAUAACCCGGUGAGAUAAGUCAAGAAAACAGCAACUCAAAACGGUAGGUCUCUCACUGGAAAAUAAAAAUCGACAUUUCACAACGAAAGAUUUAAUAUGUUUUAGCGUAAUUCGUUUGUAAACAAACACUUUUAGAGGGAUUUUAUAACCCUUGACGUAGUCCCAUGUCGAGGGAUGAAGUAAUUUUUCAUUAAUUAACUCAAAAUGCUUUUUAUGACAUAUCACGUGACAAAGUACAGCUUUUUUGUUUACUAUCUAUGAAGAAGUCCAGCAGGUAGUCUUUGUUGUAUCUCCCCAGUCCCUAAACUUCAACGCAACGCACAACUAUCUGAGUUUUGAUACGGAAAUUUCUCGGGACCUCACGAAAACACUGCAGUAAACAACACGACAUGUUGCUAUCGAGUCAGGAAGCGUCUGCAUUCGCCGGAGUACUCUUCCUUAUUUUCAUUUUCGGCCUGGUGGGUAACGUGUUAGUUUGUUUGGCGAUUUACAGCGACAGAGAUCUUCGACAGCAGUAUUCGAAUUAUUUCCUUUUUAAUCUGGCGGUGACUGAUCUAUUAACCGUCACAUUUGUGAUACCAUUCUGCGCUGCCGCGUUGAUCCAAGAAGACUGGAAUUUUGGCGUGGCGUGGUGUCAAAUAACAGCCUUUGUAUAUUAUAGCUUGGCUAUCGUUGGACUUGAAAGCUUGGCAUUCAUAAGCUGGGAUCGCUUUUACGCCAUCAUUCAUCCGCUUAAGUACAGGGCGGACGUAACGCUGAAAAAGAUUUGUACAGCCAUCGCUUUCAGUUGGUUUUGGGCUGUUAUUUUUACAAUCCCUUGCGCCGUGCUAGGCUGGUUCAGAUACGGGCAGUAUGAAUCCAUGUUGCGCCAUCAAGGAAGGCGAGUGGAUACGAUAACGUCUGCAGAAACACCCAAAACUUCCAGGCGUCAUGCGUGGAGAAACUACUACAGAUUCAAAGGUUUCCGAACGAUAACUCUAGUCAUAGUUUUAUUCAUUCUCUCGUGGACUCCUUUCAGCGUAACGCGACUUAUCAAAACGGUGACAUGGAAUCACGAAAUUAUUCCAGCGUCUGUGGACACAUUUGCUACUGUGUUAUCAUUGCUGAGUACGGCAGCUAACCCCGUGGCUUACAGCCUGUUUAGAAAGGACUUCAGAAGGGCAUUUAAAAGACUGUUUCGACAAGCGUGCUUUUGUUCAAACAAACUAAGAAGAGACCAAACUGAACUGGAGUAGGAAAUGAUCUCUAAUAACGUGAUCCGCGACACUGUUCACGUCGUUGGGUUUUGAUUAAUCAGUAGCAAAAAUGAGCACGGAAUGAAAACUUCUGUUUCCUGCCAGUACACAAGUGAAGGAAAUUCCCCGCGAAUCGUCAUUUUGCAGAAUUCUUUAUAUACACCGCCCAUCAAACAAGCCGAUCUUCGGCAACAGUGAAGGCUGAAAAUCCGUUUUUAAUUUUUAGGACAGGAACUGACACCUUUAAUUAUAACUACUGCUUAAAGCCUCAAUUUUCUCUUAAGAUUGUGUAGAGGUCUAUAAAGGCGACAACUUCAUAACGUUUUUUUAGCCGCAGAAUUAAAAAAAUAAAGUCUUCCCUCGUGAAAAGUAGAUCAUUAUUUACUUUUUCUCUUUCAGUUAUUAAAAUGGCUGGUCUUGCAGUGAAAUUCAUUCAACAUCGUCGUUGUCAUUUUUUGUCCUUUACAACUGUUUUUUUUUUUUUU